AUGGCUCUCGCAAUCAUCAUCUUUCUCAUAUCUAUUGCUUCACAAGCUUCAAUAAACAUGCUGUUAACUACAACAAUGGCCAUGCCAUUAAGUUCUGAGACUGAUAAGCUUGCUUUGUUGACUUUGAAGGACAAGCUUACUAAUGGUGACUCAAAUGUUCUGCCAUCAUGGAAUGAGUCUCUUCAUUUCUGUGAAUGGCAGGGCGUUACAUGUGGUCGCCGCCAUAAGAGAGUCUCAGCAUUGCAUUUGCAAAAUCAAGACUUGGGUGGUACUCUUGCACCAUCAUUGGGAAAUCUAACCUUCCUCAAGAAGCUCAAUCUUACUGACCUCAACUUGUACGGUCAGAUUCCAAGACAAGUUGGUCGUUUAAAGAAGCUGCAGAUUCUUAGCUUCCAGCAGAAUCAUCUUCAUGGUGAGAUUCCUAUGGAGCUGAUCAACUGCUCAAGUCUUAAGAAAAUUGACUUGUCCUACAACAAUUUAACUGGGAAAGUUCCAUCAUGGUUUGGAUCCAUGAUGCAACUUACUAUGUUGGAGCUUGGAUUCAAUAAUCUAGUUGGUAAUAUCCCACCAACCUUGGGGAAUCUUUCAUCACUUGAUACAUUGUAUCUUGCAGGAAACAAUUUGGAAGGUCCUAUAAUUCAUGCUUUGGGAAGGUUGUCAAAUUUGGAGUACCUCUCUUUGAGUACCAAUAAUUUGUCAGGCCAAGUUCCUAAUGCGUUCUACAACCUUUCAAAUCUUCAAGUUCUUGAUAUAAGUAACAACAAACUAGUGGGUCCUAUUUCUUCAAAUUUACACCUUGCUUUUCUCAAUCUAUCUGUUUUUGUUGUUGCAUCACUUGGUGCAUGUUCUGCAUUGACAGAGCUUUAUCUAGAUGCAAACUUCUUCCAUGGAAACAUACCUUCCUUCUUGGGUUCUCUAAGAUCACUUGAAUUCUUAGGACUUUCCAACAACAGCUUCUCAGGCACAAUCCCGUAUGAACUUGAGAACUUGACACAGUUGAAUGCUUUGGACCUUUCCAAUAACCAGCUCUAUGGCAAGGUCCCAUUAGGAGGAAUAUUUAGUAACAUUACAGUAAUAUCACUCAUUGGAAACAAGGAUCUCUGUGGUGGGAUACCUCAACUGAAUUUCCCUCCAUGUCCAAAGUUGCCCUCAAAUAAACACAAGAGCUCUCGUAAAAAGAAAAUUAUUCUCAUCAGUGUUAUUGGAGGGCUUUUGAUCUCUUUCAUUAUUUUUGUUAGCAUCUAUUGUUUCAUGAGGAAGCCCAAGAAGUUACCUUUUUUACCAUCAUUGGAACAUAAGUACUUGAGGGUUUCUUAUGGAGAGCUACAUCAAGCAACAAAUGGAUUUUCUUCAUCCAAUUUAGUUGGCACAGGAAGUUUUCGUUCUGUGUAUAGAGGAACCCUUGUUCAUUUUGAGAGACCUGUUGCCGUGAAAGUGUUGAACCUUCAAACACGCGGCGCAUCAAAGAGUUUCAUGGCCGAAUGCAAAGCUCUAGGAAAAAUCAAGCACAGAAACCUUAUCAACAUAUUGACUUGUUGUUUAAGUGUUGAUUACAAAGGGGAUGAUUUCAAGGCCAUAGUGUUUGAGUUCAUGCCUAAUGGGAGUCUAGAAACCUUGUUACACCACACUAUUGAAGAUAGCGAGUCAACAAAUCCAAGUCUCAACCUUAUGCAAAGAGUAAAUAUUGCUCUUGAUGUAGCUUUUGCAUUAGAUUAUCUUCACAAUGAUUUAGAGGAAGCUGUAGUUCAUUGUGAUAUAAAGCGAAGCAAUGUUUUACUUGAUGAUGACAUGGUUGCCCACUUGGGAGACUUUGGAUUAGCUAGGUUUGUUCAUGGUGUCGCAAGCCACUCUAGCAGUGAUAAAGGAAGUUCCUCUGUAAUCAAGGGAACCAUCGGAUAUGUUCCACCAGAGUAUGGAGCAGGUGGGUCAAUAUCAGCAAAAGGAGACAUCUACAGCUAUGGAAUUCUUCUUCUGGAGAUAGUAACCGGAAAGAGACCAACAGAUGGCAUAUUUGGUGAAGAUCUAAGCCUACACAAGUUCUGUAAAAUGGCAAUUCUAAAAGGAAUUUCUGAGAUUGUUGAUUCAAGAUUGCUCAUUGCAAUUGAUGAACAAGAGGGAAGAAGGGUUACACAACAGCAAAAUAUCAAGGAGUGUUUAGAAUCAUUUGCUAUGAUUGGAGUUGCAUGUUCUGAAGAGUUUCCCACUCAACGGAUGAACAUUAAAGAUGUCAUAAUGGAGCUUCAUGCAAUUAAACACAAACUGCUUCCAUAG